AUGUCAAAGGAUCUCGAGUUCUUUUUCAAUACCAUUGGCAGUCUAAUUUCUCUGGCAUUUUAUUUACUAAUGAUCCCUCCUCUACAGAGUUCGAAGAAGACAAGAAAAUUCGAUGAAAUAUCCUAUUUAAACCUCAUCCUUUCCCACAUAUGCGCCAUAUGCUGAUUUUGCAUUGGAGUGAUUUCCAAUGAUUAUGAAAUAUCUAUUCCAAAUCUGAUAUUUGCAUGACUAAGUAGUAAUUAUAUCUAUGAAUUUUAUAAAAUUGGUCUCGGAAGAACCGAAUUUUUAAAAACCUACACAAUUGUAACGGUAUUAUCUGCUAUAUCAAUGCUCUUAAUUCUCCCACAAGGUAUAACAGAGUUUGCUGGAAUAAUAGUCUACAUUCUUUUUUGUGCGGCUCCACUUGAGCAAUUAAGACCUACUUUUGAAACCCGAAAUCCCAGAUUUAUAGAUAUUUACAGCACAUUUGCAGCUUUAUUAUGCUGCUUAUCAUACUUUAUGUAUUCAAUUAUCGCUGGCAACAUAGUCGUGCUUAUUCCAAACCUCGCAGGGAUCAUUUUUGCAUUAAUCCAAAUCAUCGUAUAUUUUUGGGCAAAAAGAAUGAUUCCCUCUUCUUUUAUAUCCCCUUUGCUAAAAAUAGACACUUUUUUGUCUAUUAAAUCUUCUAAAAAUAUUUAA